UAGCUGGUGGCGGCGCCCCUGGGAUGGGGCCCAGCGGAGGAGCGUGAAGGGCUGCCCCCCAAAAAGCCAGCGCUGGACACCAGCCCCCUCCCUGCAGACAAUCUUCCAGACAGAACCUUUGGCUUUGGUGCUGAAAAUGCUAGAAGGGAGACUUCACAGACAGAUAUCCAUAUUGCACCAGCACUGAAGAGCUUGACUUGAAGAAAUAAUUCCCUCCAUGCAGCUGUGAGAUAGGAAUGGCUUUUGGUCAUUCCUAAUCAAGAGACGCUCUUACUUCCGGCAUCAUGGCCUCUGACCUGGAAAGCAGCCUGACUUCCAUAGACUGGCUCCCCCAGCUCACCUUGCGAGCUACUAUUGAGAAACUAGGGGGUUCCUCACAGUCAGGACCCCCAGGGGCUGCACGAAAGUGCCCCCCUGGAUCCCCCACUGACCCUAACGCCACUCUGAGUAAGGAUGAGGCUGCAGUGCACCAAGACGGGAAGCCACGUUACAGCUAUGCCACGCUGAUCACAUAUGCCAUCAACUCGUCACCUGCCAAGAAGAUGACACUCAGCGAGAUCUAUCGUUGGAUCUGCGACAACUUCCCCUACUACAAGAAUGCUGGUAUCGGAUGGAAGAACUCCAUUCGCCACAACCUGUCUCUAAAUAAAUGUUUCCGGAAGGUGCCUCGGCCGAGAGAUGAUCCUGGGAAGGGUUCUUACUGGACAAUAGACACCUGUCCAGAUAUUUCUCGCAAGAGGCGGCACCCUCCAGAUGAUGAUAUACCACAGGACUCCCCAGAGCAAGAGGCAAGCAAGAGCCCCCGGGGGGCUGUCCCAGUCAGCACAGAAGCUUCUCUUCCCCCCGAGGCCACCCCCCAACUAUCACUGCAGACCACCAGCCCCAUUGCUAACUACAGUCAACAGGGUGCGGGGCCUGUGGAUGCAGCAUCCACUGUGGCAGGGGGUCAGGGCCGCGAAGGGGCAGAUGUACCACCCCCACUCUACAGCACCAACCAUGACUUCAAGUUCUCCUACUCUGAGAUCAACUUCCAGGACCUGAGCUGGUCCUUCCGAAACCUCUACAAAUCCAUGCUGGAGAAAUCCUCCUCUUCCCAGCACGGUUUCUCUUCUCUCCUUGGUGACAUGCAGCCCUCCAACCACAACUACUACAUGUACCACCAGCAGCAGCAGGGCCCUUCAUCAGUGGGUGCUGCUCCCCAACUCCACACCCCCAACCCAGAGGGCUGCCCACCCCAGGGGGGUAAACAGCAGGGGGGUGAUGGUUAUGGCCCCCCACCUGUGAUGUCCAUGCACCCGCCCCCGAUGCAGCAUGGAGGAUACCACCAGCACCAACAGCACCACCCGCACUCCCACCCGCAGCAACAGCAGCAGCACCAACAGCAACAGCAGCAGUCACAGGCUUCAAUCAACAGUGCUGGCUUUGCAUUUCCCCCCGACUGGUGCUCCAGUAUUGAUUCCCUGAAGGAAAGCUUCAAGAUGGUGAACCGGCUGAACUGGUCUAGCAUUGAAAACUCCCAGUUCUCAGAGCUGAUGGAGAGCCUGCGCCAGGCGGAGCGGAAGAACUGGACCCUGGAUCAGCACCACAUUGCCAACCUCUGUGACUCCCUCAAUCACUUUCUCACCCAGACUGGUCAGCUCCCUCACUUGGGGGGCCCACAGCAGCCCCCCCGGAUCUCUGAUUCUUGUGCCCUGAAUAGCGGCAAGCAGGAGCAGUCCAUGAAUCAAGUGAAUUCUUAUGGUCAACCCCAACCUCCCCAUCUCUUCUCUGGGCCAUCUCCUAUGUACCAGAUUUCCACCCAGGACUCUCCAGGAUAUAAUCGCCCAGCACACCACCUGGUCCCUCGGCCUCCUGGGCCUCCGCCAGGCGCCAAUGAGGAAAUACCUGACGAUUUCGACUGGGACUUGAUCACCUAGUGCGUUACAGACUCAAGAGCCCCUCCUUUGUGAGGGUCAAGGGAGGGAAGGGGGCGUGGGGUGAAAGAUCAUAGGACCGGCUACCCCAGCCUCCCUGCCUUGCCUGUAUAUAGAUAUAUAUUCUCUAUCUCUGCCAGAGAAGCCACCGCAAGAUGCUGCCGAAGAUAAUCCUUCCUUGCGUCCUGUUUUACCUUUUUCUUCUUUUGUUUAUUAUAAUAAUAAUUAUUAUUAUCAAUAAUUGAGCACGGCCCGCCCCCGCUGGCCUCAGACGCACCAGAGCAGCUCUCCCACGUUGGGUGGUGAACUGCGUGAGGUGGAGGGCGGAGAGAUGGCUCCUUGGUGCCAUGAGAAGACCUAGGAAGGCUGAAUCCUCGAGUGCAUC